AUCAGAUAAGAGCCGGUGUCCCGCUAAAUCCAAAUCAUUUCAUUGCCGCCACAGAAUGAUGUACCACUUAGCCAUCGUUCUCCUAAUCUCAGCUGUGACAUCACAGGCAACCACAGGAGGGUUUCGUAAGUGCUUUCCCCAAGAUUGGGUGAAUGCAGACCAAGUUCGAGUCAGCUGUAACAACACCCAGAUUGCACAGCACUGCAGUCCUGAUCAUCAGAGCUGUCGAAACAUGAGCAGGCCCGGAGUCUUUCUAGAGAAGGACGAGCAUGGAGUAUGCCUAACCAUCACCAACUGUUCCUAUGACUCGUGGUCCUGCCAAGCCAUGAGUUACACUAAUGGCAAUGAAGAUAAGCAGAAUUUUACCGCGACAUGCAACUAUGAUUGUGGUCUGUUGCAGUUCAUUAGGCUGGUCAUCUGUGAGCUGAUCAUCUGUGGGCCAAACAUCUGUAGGCUGAUCGUCUUUGGGCUGAUCGUCUUUGGGCCGAUCGUGUUUUGGCCGAUCGUCUUUUGGCCGAUCAUCUUUGGCCCAAUCAUUGGGCUUUACUUCCUUUGCACUAAGUGUUUCAACAAGAACCAGGACAUGGCAGGGAUGAUGGAGUUGGAAGAGGUGAGAGUGAAUGGAGCAACAGGAGAGACUGGAGAGAUGGAAGAGAUGACAGCAAAUGGAGCAACAGGAGUGAUAAGAGAGAGGGAAGAGAUGGCCGAGACUGGAGAGAAAAAGGAGGACGAUGGCUUCCGCAGCUGA